AUGAACUAUAAUAAUAAUCUUUUAAAUCAAUCGUUUAUUGAAAACUCGAAUUUAUUUUAUAAUCAUGUUCAAACACCACAAUACAGGGAUUCACCUCUCCACAGCAUUAGAUCUCCACUCGCUGAAAUAACACCAAUUCAUAGUAAUAGUCAAAGAUUUUUAGAUCUACAGCGAUGUGCAUCUCCAAGUAGUAUACCAAAUGUAUAUAUAGACUUCAAUGAACCUAGCCAACCAAGAACAUCAACAACAACUACUUCAACUUCUACAUCAUCAUCAUCUUCUUCUUCUUCUUCAACAUCAUAUACUAAUCCAGAUACCAGCUUCAGAGGGAACCAUCAAUCAAAUUCUCUUCGAUCGACUGUUCAUCCCAACCAAAUAAAAGAUAUUUUAGAGAAACUCACUCAAAUAACUGAUAAAUUAUCCAACUUACAAAAUUUCAUGAUAGGAAAUUCUUUUAGAUCCAACGAAAAAACAAUCAUGAAGAUAUGUAAAGAGAAGCAAAGAAACUCUCCAGGACUAAUAGUACAAGAUAAGUUUAUAAAAAAAACUAUUAAAAAAGAGUGUAACUUAGUAACAAUCGAUGAUAAUGAUCUGACCAUUCAAAUUAAAGAAAUAAAUAAUGGUUUGGGAAAUAGAUUAAGAAAUAUCAACAAGAAUGUUAAAAAUGCAUUUGCUUCAUUGACCAAAGAGAAACAAGAUCUAUUACUAUUUGACUUAGAUAAUGUAGUUCUCAAACUCAAAGAAGAUGGAUAUGAAGAAAAGGGUAAAGAUUCAUGUAUUGAUAUUUUAGAAACCGAUUUUCAAGAGGUAGCAAAAUUUGUCAAAGCAGUCAUUGCCAAAAAUAUUUCAAAUUAUGAAAUAACUUACAUUUUCCAAUUACUAACUAAAAGAAGCACUAGAGAAAAAGACCCAAAAACAAACAAAAAAGAAAUCAUGAAUCAAUAA